AUGUCACUAGAGAAGUCAUCCCAGUCGUUGCGGCGCAAGUCCUGCGGCGCAUGUGUCCGUUCCAAGAGGCGGUGCGACUUGGCCGAGCCCGUCUGUUCACGAUGUCAAAUGAGGCGCAUCGAUUGUGUCUACCCUCAACGACUUGGCGUCAUUGACAACGCCUCAGCUAGCAGUUCCAGUCUAGAUACACCGUUACCCCAGACGUCGGCGUAUGGCGGGCAAUAUCCGACCAGCGUCGCGCAGUUCAGCAGCCAGGGGACGCUUACACUGCCUGCUCCCACCUCGCUGCUCGUGGAUGACUACACCAAUAUGCACAUUCCUGCUUACCUGACGCCCCCGUCCGGUCCAUUCGGGUCUGUCCCACGGCCUCUGUCCCCGGGGAUGUUCUCCCUUGUCCAGGACAUCCUUGGCGAGCAGCGGUUCACUUCCCCGUCUGACCUCGGACUCUCGGCCGGCUCCCACAGUAACCCCCUUCUACCCUCCACAGGCCAGACCAGCUCCUGGAGUAACGACAUAAUCACCGGUAGCAACUUUCAGCCUCGCACAGAAUAUGCUGCGCGGUUGAUGGCGGACCAGCCCGCCACCCUGGCCCAGAACGGGUACAAUUGUUUCAUCCAUCACACCCAGGCCAAUUCGUCUGCCGUUCUGCAGGAUGCACUGGCGGCAAGCGCCCUACAGGCGAUGAGAAACCCGUCCAACGCGGGUGUCGUCAGAGCUGAAAUCAUGAGGAGGGCAAGGCUGCUCAUCAGCGCGGUAGAAGCGGCGAGGGAGAACUACCUGCCUCUAUUCAGCAUGGACUUCCUGCCACCUGUGCAGGCUCUACUCGUCUACCAAUCUAUGCGCCUGUUCUCCGUGGGGGACUCUGCCUUGGUCGCGCAGGCCGAGAGGGACCAGGAAAAUCUGCUCGCAUGGACCGAGGUGCUAGACAGCGAGAUGGACCUCUUCCGGUCCGCCCCGGACAGCUGGGAGACCUGGAUACGUAAAGAGAGCGUCCGCCGGACCUUGGUUUAUGUUGAGAUGCUUUCUGGUGUGUAUAGGUUCCUGCGGAGGGGCUGGGACUACGCAAAACAGGAACGCAUGGCGAGCUUGGGAUUCUCCGUUCAACGUGCUCUCUGGACGGCGAGGACGGCCAAUGAGUGGACAAUUGCUUGGAGCAAUCUCCCUAGAUUAGAAACUAUCAUGGCCCGCACGCCCAGGGACAUGAGAGAGGCCACGACUUACGAUGUAGAUGAUUUAGGUGUGAUGCUACGGGCGACUUACUUUGGGAUUGAGAGCAUGGAGAGGUGGAUCGGAGAGGAUGCAUCUGCUCUGGAGAGAUGGGGGUUGAGGCAUUCUGGGCGUGGAUGGCGACCGGUGAAUCCAAUGCAAGAAAGAUAG